AUGAAUAAUCUUCCACCACGUUCAGAUAAAGAAAUCCGGCAAAUUCUCCAUAAGCGGACCAAAAGAAUCAGAACCAGCUGCUAUCCUUGUCGGACGAGGAAGGUGAAGUGCGACAAGGUUUCGCCGUGUGAUAAUUGCUCCAAAAGAGGAUAUCCCGAAUUGUGUUCUUUUACUGGCCCCAAUGGAGUCAGCACGGAUCCUGCUGCAACAUAUAACCAUCCUGCAGCUCAAGGCGCCGAGCAUCAAGCCGCGCAACAAUUUGCGCAACAGCCCUCGCCCGAGCAAUGGACGAAUGGAGCAUCCAACUCGGGCAAUGCUAUGAUGCCUGAAACACAAGACCUGCGAUCAUCAUCCUUACUCAGAGAUGCACGUGUGGAUGCUGUUUCCGUUUCCAGCGGAGCAUCUCGGCUGAGAGCUAGGAGCAACAUAUCAACAUCGGCCGAGCAAGACGGUGACUUCCGCUUCACGGCUGAUGAUGGGGCGCAAGAGCAGCGAGAAUCUUUCCUAGGGAGCAACUCCAUACCGGCAUUCCUCAGGGAUCAAUCAUCACAUGCCGGCUCGAUUCACAACUCUCCGAUCCACCCCGUGGAGGAUGCAAUCCUACCGAUACUGGGUCUGAAAGGGCCAAAGUCCACCUAUCCUUUUCUGCCACACCCAGAGACAUCAACGGAAAGGAUAAAUUUAGAACUCUACCAAGCGUUACCUACGGACCCCGAGAUAAUAAGGUUAUUCGAACGCUACAAACUAAGUGCGCAUUUAUUUACUCCGAUCAUUCCAGACAUGGAAGAUUUUGAAGCUGGGCUCUGCCAGUACCUCGAAGAACGUGCGCUCCAAAAGCGGCAGUCGUAUGUUCGGGAUCCUGGUGCUCAUGCAACUGAGCAUUCAAGACCAAUAUCAUGGGUUGCCUCACUCUUUGCGAUACUAGCAUCUGGCGCGCAGUAUUCUCAUAAUUCGUCCGAGGAAAGGCAGGUCAAGUCUCGAUUAUAUGCUCGAUACUCGUUUCAAUGUCUCAGAAUGGCAAAUUUUCUGAAUGAUAUGAAGCCCGAGGCCGCGUGGAUGCUGUUGGGUACAACUGCGAGAAUGGCGCAGAGCCUUGGUCUACAUGAAAAACAAAAGGAUAGUCCCUCACCACGGACAAAGAUUUGGGAAGCUCUUGUGUGGCAGGAUAGCCUUCUGUCGUUAUGCUUUGAUCGCCCUCCUGUCACAACUCCAUCGAUAUCCGAUACACAUCUAGUUGGCGAACUUCGGUAUCAAGAUGCGAUGAACCUACUCUGCGACGGAACCCUUCGCGCUAUCAGGGACAGAGAAAAUGGCAACUCGCCCAAUUUCGUGGCGAUGUUAGAAAGUGUUUACAGGAUAGAAGAAAUCUACCAGAACAGCAUCGCCAAUACCGGAAUCCAAUCUCGCUCCUCCAUAUCGAAGCGCAGCGAGAUGUUUGCUCUAAGCUUACACAUUUCCUUCGUUGUAGCUUGGAUCUGCCGGCCUGCACUUGCAAAUAGUCGCAGCCCUGAACAAAGGACUGAAACCCAGCUAAUUCUUAUUGAGAAAUGCCAUACGAACUUACUUGGAUGUAUCCGUGCAUUUGUUCGUUUACAUUCUGUCAAUAGCCUUGCGUCUAGAUCAUGGCCCAUCAUCCAUAAUGGACUCAGCUCAGCAUUGUUAUUGGGACUUCUCGGUGCCACUAACACGAAUCUGGAGGUGCGACAAUUGCAGGGUGAAAUUCUGAAUAUUCUGUCCGCAGAAUCUGAUGAUGACAACGGCCAGGAACAAGGCGUCGGCGGAGAUGUUGAGUUAUCGGCACCCCAUGUUAGGGCGCUUGCCGUACUUAGGAGGUUAUACAAUAACCGUCCAGCUGAUCCUGUUCCGCAUGACGCACUCGAUGGCGGAACACUAAAUCAAGAGGACCAGUUCCAACCGACUUUGAAUGCUGCAAAUGCGUUUCUUGAUAACAGCGGAAAUGCAAACUUCUCGAACAUUACGGAUAUGUCCCAGCUGAAUGCGUCAGUUGAUGCCAGCAUAGAAGACAUGUCUCCACUUGACAUGUUUAACUCUAUUAUAUGGGGUAGCUAG